GGGUGAUAAGGUUUAUCAUUUUAAUCCCAAUAAGACGAUUGAUGAUUAACUAAGUUAAUAUUUUAGGAGAUAUUAUUUAUUUUAUAGAAAAUAAGCAUGCUUGAUAAUUUUGAAGAGAGAUAACGUACAUUAUAUAUACUUUUUAAAUUUUAAAAAAACGCGAAAGUACCUUUUAUAUAACGACGUUACAUAUCACCAUUAUUUUUCACAACCGGUUACAAUAGAAUUUUGCAUAUCAAAUUUGACUAAACAGCUUAAGCUAUACUUAAUAAAAAAUGGUAACAAGUGAAGGUUCGGACAAAGCUGGCAAAAACCAGGAGUUAGCAUUACAGAGGUUGCCGACAACUGCAGCACUUGAAAAAGUUUUGCAAGUUCUCGAGUCUAAUAGUCCGCUAAAUCUUACGCCAAUAACAAAUUUCGUUCGACAAGAAUUUAUAUCAAGGAUAUCAUUUUUUGAAAAUAAAACAUCAAAGACAUGGUUAUUCAGAAGUUUUGUUCAACUUGGAAUUCCACCAUUAUAUUUAUUCAUAGCUUUAAGCAUUAUCUUGGGAUCGAUGAUUGGGAAUAUGUAUAAGAGAUCGGUUUAUCUUUUAUGUAAUUUGGUGGGUGUGGUAUAUCCUGCGUAUAAAUCGAUUCAAGCUAUUGAUUUAUUAUCGGCGACAAGCGAAGGUGAAGUGUCUAAUUCUUCAAUUGUAAUUAUUAAUGAACAAAAGCAAUGGUUAACUUAUUGGGCGGUAUAUGGAUGGCUACAAGUUGUAGAUUAUUGGUCAACUUGGUUAUUAGAAAUGUUUCCAGGAUACAAUUUGUUUAAAUUGAUAUUUCUUUAUUGGGCACAAAAUAAUCGUUCAAGAGGUGCUACUUUGAUCUUUGAAAAAAUAUUAAAACCUUUAUUGCAAAAAAAUAUUCAGAACAAUAACAAAAUUGUUUCAUCAUCUACAAAUCAAAAACAACGACAAACACUCCGGCAAAGACAGCAACAGCAAUAUAACGGCAAUGAAUUAUACCAUCAACAACAAUCUGGCUCGCUUACAUCUGAACCAACACCUGAGGAGAUAUGGAGAAGAGAUACUGUUGUAACGUCACGUGAAAGUGAAAUUAAACCAUAUCGUUUAAAUAAUAAUGUAUAGUAAAUAGUAAUUAAUUUUAUAAGUAAUGCAU